UAUGCGUGUGUCUGUGUAGAUGUUAAUCAGAUAAUGCAAGAGUCAGAGAGACCUACAAAGGAGGCCUAUGAAGGGCCUAACUAACAAUUACUUUCAAAUAACUUGUUGCCACAAUAUCACAACACAUAUCAAACUUAUAAACACACACUGAUCAAAUAAACAGUCUUGCUUAGCGUAGUAUAAUUAUUAAGCCCAGAUUAUGUUACCAGUCCGAGGGAAAGGGGAAAAGAAGUUGCAGUCCAGUUGCAGUUCUGUGACGUCUCCUGGGUUGGUGGUCGUAGAGUUCUGCAUUCGCGAUUCUGUCGAGCCGUGUGCUCAGAUGCUGGUUGAAGUUCUCCUGCAGGACAUCGCGUCGCUACGAGGAGUUUUGUAGAGCUUGAAGGGCGAGGAGAUUUCCUUGAGAGGGGUGAGCUGGGAGCUGCACCUCUGACCUCCGGGUGUGGGUUGGAUAGAGAGAGACAGCCUUCCGCCCUCGGCGUGAUGGAAGAAGAGAGAGAUUUUAGGCAGACCUCUCCUUAUAUUGGCCCCGGUGACCUCACAGGUCUUGGACCAGAGUGACCAAUAGGAGUGACCCCCCAGGUUCUUGACACCUUUGUGUGAUAUUGCCCAAAUCCCAGGACAUGCAGCAUCCUGUUACAUCCUCUGGGAGACUGAGUUCCUUGACUGUCUUAAGACAAAGGGAACAUGUGGCACUCUGGGAGACUGAGUUCACUCCAGAACAUGCGGCUCCCUUGUUUCAAGUUUGACUGAAGGGAGGCCUGUGGUUUGCACAAAAACCAUGUCCCAACAUCACUAUCAUAAAACCAUGAUUUCUACGACUGUGUGAGCUCAAUACAACAACUCUCAGUUCAAUGAGUCACAUCAGGAAACAGUCUGAGAAGUGACGGAUGAUUUCCUGAAGAAGCUUCAACAGUAAAAGAGUCAUGUGAUCAUUCAACUGAGCUUCCUGAAGCAAACUCCAGGUUCUGGACGAGUGAAGUGGGAAACUAACUUUUCUUAUUCAGUGAAGAAGAGAAAACAAAGUCUCUGGAAAGAUGUUUUAUUUCUAACAGUUUUUAUUGGUUUUGAAUGAUCUCAGCUCCGGUGCGUCACGUGGACAUUGAGCAGGUGGAGGACAGCUUCACCUGCCGCUCAGAGGGGAUCUACCCCGAGCCGCAGCUCACCUGGUCCACCAGGCCUCCGUCCAACGUGACCCUUCAGAACCAAACCUCAGUGAAGGAGACGGAGCAGCAGCUCUAUGAGAUCAGCAGCACAGUGACACUGUCAGACAGAGACUCUGUUCUGAUCUGCAGCAUCAGCACUCGCAGUGGGAGGAGGAGCGCGGUGUGGUAUCAACCCACUCCCGUCCAUGUGUCACCGAAUGAAACAACAACAACAAUCAACUGCACUGCUCCAAACACCAAACCCCCGACACACCUGCUGUGGAAGUUCAACCACAGUCAGAUCAUUGUGAACCAGACCGGGGUGGACGGCCCCCCCAGGGUCUCAGAGCAGUGGAGGCAGCAGGUGGAGGAUGUGUCAGCGUCAGGCAGCCUCACGCUGCACCACUUAUCUUCAGAUCACCAGGGAACGUUCACCUGUGAACUCAGUAGUGAAGAGGAGACGCUCUUCAUCAACAGCUACGUGACGAUAGAGGAAGCUCCGGUGCGUCACGUGGACAUUGAGCAGGUGGAGGACAGCUUCACCUGCCGCUCAGAGGGGAUCUACCCCGAGCCGCAGCUCACCUGGUCCACCAGGCCUCCGUCCAACGUGACCCUUCAGAACCAAACCUCAGUGAAGGAGACGGAGCAGCAGCUCUAUGAGAUCAGCAGCACAGUGACACUGUCAGACAGAGACUCUGUUCUGAUCUGCAGCAUCAGCACUCGCAGUGGGAGGAGGAGCGCGGUGUGGUAUCAACCCACUCCCGUCCAUGUGUCACCGAGUGAAACAACAACAACAAUCAACUGCACUGCUCCAAACACCAAACCCCCGACACACUGGGUGUGGAAGUUCAACCACAGGCAGAUCAUUGUGAACCAGACCGGGGUGGACGGCCUCCACAGCGUCUCAGAGCAGUGGAGGCAGCAGGUGGAGGAUGUGUCAGCGUCAGGCAGCCUCACGCUGCACCACUUAUCUUCAGAUCACCAGGGAACGUUCACCUGUGAACUCAGUAGUGAAGAGGAGACGCUCUUCAUCAACAGCUACGUGACGAUAGAGGAAGGUUCUUCAGGUGCAGUUGCAGGAAUUGUGGUCGGAGUCCUCGUUGUGUGUGUAGCAUUAGGAGCAGGAUUCUACUACUGUAUAAGACUAAAGAGAAAAAGAACAAACACAAGACGGAACAUCAACAAUAUGAUGCUACAGUUGAUACAUUUACAGUCACACAAUGAAGAAAAUAAUGACACAACACCUGAAAAUGAAGAAAUGCUGCCUGAGACAGACAAAGACAAACAAAUACCUCAGGAUGAAGAAGAGGAGCUGAACAAGUAGAAGAUGAAGACGUCCACUUGGAAACACGAGGAGGUUCCAGAUCUUUAGGUGAUGAGGUCGACGUCGGGUUCCAGGUGAACGAGUCCGACCCGGACAACAUCCUGCUGCCUUCUUCUUCUGUGAAAGACCAAACGGCUUCAGUCCCUGAACCAUCAAACCCAUUUGAACCCAGCUGCUGGUUUGAGGUGGAGACAUAGUGUUGCUCUAAGUCUGUUUUAACUCUGGACAACAUCCGACAGAGACUUGAAAACCAACAGAACCUGAAUGAAACAGCUGAGACCAAACUAAUCUGACACGUUCAGCAGACUCACAGAACCUGAACCAGGUUAAUUUAAAGCACUGGAAAGAAUGCCCAGAUUUUAUAUUUUAUAUCUGGUACUGUUUUGUAUUUAUUAAAAUGUAUUUU